AUGUCCACAAUUAAGGAAAAGUAUCUUUCUGCGCCGGGACCGUUCAUUUCGUUGGAGUUUUUCCCGCCCAAAACGCAACCGGGGAAACAAAACCUUAUGGCACGUAUGGGCCGUAUGACGGCGCUGAAUCCUCUGUUUCUUACUAUUACGUGGGGUGCCGGAGGUACCACAGCACGUAAAACACUGGAAUUGGCCGCUCUGGCUCAACGAGAGCUCAAUAUACCUGUUUGCAUGCACCUAACCUGCACCAACACCGACAAAGAAGUAAUCGAUCAGGCUUUGAGAGAAGCGCGGGACGCCGAUAUCCGUAACAUUUUAGCACUCAGGGGUGAUCCUCCCGUAGGAGAAGAGUGGGAUAAAACCGCUAACUCAUCGGACUUUCAGCACGCCGUAGACCUAGUGCGAUACAUUAAGAGAGAAUACAAGGAUGAUUUCUGUGUGGGUGUAGCGGCGUAUCCAGAAGGUCAUUGUGAAGGUGAAGCCGACGGUGUCGAUCACAACCCACUUAGAGAUUUACCUUUUCUGAAAGAAAAGGUUGACGCUGGCGCAGAUUUCGUCAUUACGCAAUUGUUCUACGACGUUGAGAAAUUCUUAGAUUUUGAGAAAAUGUUCAGAGACCAAGUCUCGGCCACGCUGCCAUUGUUUCCAGGUCUCAUGCCCAUAAAUUCUUAUUUGUUGUUCAACAGAGCUUCGAAGCUUUCGCACGCUUCCAUUCCACAGUCUAUUCUUGAUCGGUUCCCACCCGAAUAUCGGGCCGACGACAACAAAGUCAGAGCCAUUGGAGUUGACGUUCUUUUAGAAAUUGUGGACACAAUUUAUGCUAGAACGAAUGGAAGGGUGAAGGGUUUUCACUUUUACACCCUAAACUUGGAGAAGGCCGUUGCUCAAAUCGUAGCCAAUUCGCGCUGCCUGUCUAAGAUAUUGGAAGAAGACAAGGAUGAAGAGCUAGUAGAUGGAAUUGAAGAAAUAGCUCUGGAGGACAGCGAUGAGCUUCGGGAAGACAAUAUGAAGAAAAGAAGAAGGCAAUCGUCUACACACAAUGCUGAUCAAACAUGUAAUCGCGUACUGCUUGAUGAAGACGAUAAAAACGUUGUAAGUGGGAGACAAGCCUCUGGAGCACCAUCUAGGAAAGUCGUCAUUUCUAUUUCUCAGGGUUCCGGUAGUCUAGGUAAGGACGCCACAUGGGAUGAGUUCACUAACGGUAGAUUUGGGGACUCGCGCUCGCCUGCUUUCGGUGAGAUUGAUGGUUAUGGUCCUUCACUCAAAGUUAGCCACCAGAAGGCGUACAAGAUUUGGGGACAACCACAAAACUUCAAUGAUAUAAAGACGUUAUUCAUCAGGUACUUGGAAGGCGCUUUAGAUGCACUGCCUUGGUCUGACUUGGGCUUAUCUCCGGAAACGGCGUUGAUUCAAGAAGAGCUGAUUCAAGUGAACGAACGAGGCUACCUAACUUUGGCAUCGCAGCCGGCUACCAAUUCGACCUCUAGUACUGACAAAAUAUUUGGAUGGGGUCCUCGAGGAGGAUACGUUUAUCAAAAGUCGUUUGUGGAAAUGUUCGUACAUAAGCAACAAUGGGAAAACGAGCUGAAGCCAAAACUUGAGCCCUUGUCUCCAAAUGUGAGUUUCUACGUGGGAGAUUCUAAUGAAGCUUUCUACAGUAACCUGGAAAGCAAUUGUUCAAGUGUGGUGACGUGGGGUGUAUUUCCAAAUUCUGAAAUUUUGCAGACCACAAUCGUUGAGGAAGAGUCUUUCAAGGCAUGGAGAGAUGAAGCUUUUAGCAUAUGGCUGGAAUGGAGCAAAUUAUUCCCAAGAGGUUCUACACCUAAUACGCUUUUAAGACAAAUUCACAGAGAUUAUUACCUGGUUUCAAUUGUUCACCACGACUUCAGCAAAUGCGACGCACUAUGGGAUCUGCUGUUGAGCUAG